UGGAACUACUCUAGGUCCCGCCCCAGCGAGCACUUCCGGCUCAGCGGAACUCGGGGCGCUGGCCUAGGUUGCCCGCGUAUUCCGCCGGUGGUCAAGACCCCAUGAGCGCGGCGCCCCUGGUGGGCUACAGCAGCAGCGGCUCCGAGGAUGAAACCGAGGCCUCCGCCGCAGGGCGGAGCAAGCCCGGGUCGGGGGGCCGCCGUUGUGGUCAGAGCUCCCUUCCCACUCAGAGGUUCCCGGUACCUGACAGUGUGGUGAGCAUGUUCUCUAACACAGAGGAGGGGCCUGAGGACGACAGUGAAAAGCAUGGGGGCCGCAUCCGCACCUUUCCCCACGAGCGGGGCAACUGGGCCACGCACAUCUACAUUCCGUAUGAGGCGAAGGAAGAGUUCCUGGAUCUGCUUGACACGUUGCUGCCCCGAGCUCAGACAUUCGUGCCCCGAUUGGUGCGGAUGGAGGAGUUCCACCUCAGCCUGUCCCAGAGCGUGGUUCUCCGACACCACUGGAUCCUCCCCUUUGUGCAGACGCUCAAAGACCACAUGGCCUCUUUCCAAAGGUUCUUCUUCACUGCCGGCCAGGUGAAGAUUUAUACCAACCAGGAAAAAACCAGGACCUUCAUUGGGCUUGAGGUCAGUUCAGGGCAUGCCCAGUUCCUGGCCCUGGUCUCAGAGGUGGACAGAGUCAUGGAAGAAUUUGGCCUCACUACCUUCUACCAGGACCCUUCAUUUCAUGUCAGUCUGGCCUGGUGUGUGGGUGAUGCUCGUCUCCAGCUGGAGGGACAGUGCCUGCAGGAACUACAGUGAUUGCAGAUCCUGGAGUCUUCAUGACCUGGAACCCUCUCAGUAUUGCCCAGUUUCCUGGACUGGUGUUGUUUGUGGUGCCUGUGGGUCCGAUUCCCCUUAACGUGGCUGUCACCUCCCUGCUGCUGACUGAAGGAAAUCGUGGAUGAAUUUGAAGACUCUGAGGUGCUGUUGCGUGUGCUGGCUGAGCAGGUCCGCUGCAAGUCUGGGAACAAAUUUUUCUCGAUGCCUUUGAAGUAAACCUUGUCCCAUGCCGCUCUAUAGACCAGCUGAGAUGGAGGAGCCUGCUGCCAUCUGUGGGAUGCCCCCCACAAGAAGUCCUAAUCACACACUGAGCACUGUUCUGGUGGGCUCCACUCCCGGGUCUGCUGCUGUGGUGUAGUCAUUUCCAGAAAUCACCAGUAGAGGGCAGCCGGACCUCUAAUUCUUCUCUUCCUCUAGGAAAAGCAAAUGAGCCCUGCUCGGGAGCCCACCCACCCUCAGUGGAGUCCCCACAGAGGUCUCUCCACUGAUGUGACCUAUAUUGAUGCCACUGGCCAUCACACCAGUUCUUAAAGUCAUUGUGCCGUGACUCACCGCUGUCAAACUGGGGCUUCAGUGAGCCUGUGACCCUCCUUGUAAUCUCCUUUAUUUAUCCCUUUUUCCCCUCAUCCCAUCCUGUGCCAGCAGAGGUCAUUUCAGGGCCAGGGCACAGGGCGCUCAUUUGUGGUCAGCAGCUCUCUUCAUUCCACCCUCCCACUUACCCAGCCAGGUGCCUGGGGAGAGCCCAGCAGAUGUUUCAUGUUGGCCUGGAUAUGGCUGCCAGCCAGGCCUCCACCACCUAUGACCCCUGGUUUCCCCCAUCAGCUUUCCCAAAGAAGCAUAGAGGCACCUUUCCUCUAGGCAAAAUACUCCUGCCCCUGUGGCUGAGCAUUCUUCAGGGGUGGGGGCGGGUGGGAGGUGGAGAGGCCGGGGAGGCACAGGAGAUUUUAUUUUCCAUCAAGCUCUUAUCAGGGCAAAGAACCAAUCUUCUCCAGUUGUCAUAGUGAUGGAUGAAGAAAUAUUUUUUUACAGUUUUAAAUUAUGUUUAACAAAUAAAAAUCUGUCUUUUUAA